AUGUUUAUGUAUCCAAACGUAAAGCCAGGCUUGCCUUCUGAAGCAGAAAGAAUAAGGAACUGCAAUGGCCGGGUGGCUGCACUAAACCAUGAACCGCACAUUCAACGGGUAUGGCUGCCCCAUGAUGACACUCCAGGCCUUGCCAUGUCACGAGCUUUUGGAGACUUCAUUCUCAAAGACCAUGGCAUCAUUGCCAUCCCGGAUAUCAAGUAUCACCGCCUAACUCCCGACGACCAAUUCAUCAUUCUUGCAACUGAUGGGGUUUGGGAUGUUGUGAGUAAUGAUCAAGUUGCAUCCAUUGUGUGGGAAGCAGAGAGUGAACAAGAAGCAGCAAGACUGGUGGUGGAGGCAGCUACCACUGCAUGGAAAAAUAAGUCUCCUACUGCAAAAGUAGACGACUGCAGUGUGGUUUGCCUCUUUUUGCAAAAGAAACAUCAUGUUGUGGCAGUGGACACUUGA